UCCCUCUUGCUUGUCUACAAACCACUCAGGUCCCAGCUGAACAAGUGUGCAAGGACCUGCUGCAACGCUGCUGAUGUCUCUGGUGGUCUCAGCACCCCCCAAAAAUAAAUCCCAGGGACACUGGAGAGGAAGGAGGUGGGAGCAGCUCCCAGUGUUCGUCUAUGUCUGUGCAUAGAGAGGCAGUGAAAGUCUUCUCUCUUUGCUAAACAACACAUAGACACACACACACAGAGACACACACACACAACUCAUCCAUCCCUGGGAAUCUAUCAGAUCAGCCCUGAACAACGUGACAGUGCACAGGAGCAGCCAGCAGGCACAGUGGCCAGCCCUGCCGGAUAGAAGAGCACAAGGUUUGGAUGCAGCCAGCUUGUGCUGGGGUUCCCACCACAGACCAGGAGAGGACCUUGCCCGGGGCAGCGGAGGCGCAGGCAGCAGGGAUGAAGUCUGCAGAAGUGGAGGACAGAGCGCUGUUUACAGAGACUUACUGCAAAAUCUGCAAUGCGCAGCUAAUAUCUGAGUCUCAGAGGGUGGCCCAUUACGAGAGCAAGAAACACGCUAACAAGGUCCGGCUUUAUUAUAUGUUACACCCGGAGGAUGGGGGACCCCCGUCCAAAAAGCUUCGCCCGGAUGACCCAGAAAGUGAUGAGACUGAAGUGGAUAAGAAUAAAUGCUGCACCCUCUGCAACAUGUUCUUCACGUCUGCUAUUGUCGCUGAUUCUCAUUACCAAGGGAAGACUCACGCGAAGAGAGUAAAACUAGUCCUUGGGGAGUCGCCAGACAUUCCCGUUCCUGCGGAACCUGCACAGGAGACGCCAGAUCCCACAGAGGACACACUUCAAGAUGAAGACGACACUUUGUGGAGCAUCCACAUUGGAAGCGAGUCCCGGAAAUUCUGCGACCUCUGCCGAGCCUGGUUUAACAACCCAAUGAUGGCUCAGCAACACUACGAAGGCAAGAAGCACAAGAAGAACGCAGCGCGGGCGAAGCUCCUACAGAGGUUGGGAGAGACCUUGGACUCCGAGGCACUAGAAGCAUUACGGAACAGCUACUCCUGUAACACCUGCAACAUGGUGCUAAAUUCGGUUGAGCAAUAUCAUGCACACCUGAAGGGGGUGCGGCAUCAAAACAAUGCAAACAACACAUCAGAUGGAACCAAAUUAAACGGAGAAAGGAAUCUGGAGAAUUCUGCUGAUUCGCAGAGGCAGCCGAGAGGCACCUACCUCACCAGGAAUAGCAUGCAGAAGAGACUGGCUAAGGAUGGAAAGGACAAUGACAGCGGGAGGAGCUCACUUAGUCCACCCCAAGUGACAGAAGAAACAGGGGAAUGUUCUCCUGAAAAUAACUUCUUCUCCAUUAUGGUGGGAGAGGAAAGCCACAUAAGGUGUUGAGGAUGUCACACUGACCGCUAAGACUUUCAAUGAAUACAGCACAAGAAAGGGCUUUGAUUUUUUUUGUUUCCCUUAUUGGUAGUUUGGAAGUGACAGAGAAAUGAGCAUGCAUUUAUCUCAAGAUCUUCACCAGUCCCUGCCAAACUCAUCUACCAUGACAGUUGGUUAGAUUCAGUGGGUAAAUAGUGGUGAAUUUUGUGGCAUCACAAAUAUUUUCUUUUCUCUACAUUGGCUCACUGGUGUUUCCAAGCAUCAUCGAAGGCUGUGGCAACACAAAACUUUGUAAAGCUUCUGAGAGUAACCUUCAAACCAGUUCCUCCAUACUUCUUACACUGGACCACACAGUACUGCUUGAGAUCUAGUUGAGGAUAUGGAUCUUGAAUGACUUUAUAGGAAAGUUCACAGUGAAAUGUAAUUUCGCCAAAAUGCAACUGGGAUAAAGAUGUUUGGACAAGUCCUCAAUUCACAUCAUGUUUUACCAUCUGCGCACGUUUCACUCUCUCCAUAAAUCAUUGUUGAAAGGUGGAAAGCAAUCUGAUUUAACUUGCACUCAGCGCGUGCGGCCACCUAACAUGUACUACUAUGCUGGUAUUUCUAGAAGUGUUUUAUUUAUUUUCUAAACACAUAUCGGGCUCUAGCAUUGCUUGGAAUGGAGUACAACUGUCCACUGAGGAUAUAAGAUGGAAUGAUCACAAGACAAUUUGCAAGCGCAUAUUUCUUAUUAGUAUUCAUUUUUAUUACAUUAGAAGUUAAAACAGUCUUUCAGUUUGAGCCAUCACGGGAGAAACAUAUGUGGAGCUAAAGUAUAGAUGGCAAAUGCCUAGAUGGAAAAUACAGAGUGUGGAUUGUAUAAAAACAGUUAUAUUUGAUAUUAUUUUCAAUCCUGUUGGAGAUUCCAACAGUUUUUCUGCAAAGAAAAAUGAUUUAAAUUAGUAAAUAUUUGCAGUUUUGUUAACCUGUGUUUUUUGACACUUACUGUACAACGUACACGUGCGUUUCCCCAGCACCCAUCUGGAAUAAUAUGAUGUUUAGAUCCUCUCUUGUGGUGACUGUUGAACAAAAAAAGCUGGUGUCUAGUUGACGUAUUCUCCAGUAUGUAUUUGCUUUGUAUUUUUGUCUUACAUGUAUUAUUUGAGAUCGGUAAUUCUGUGCUUGCAAGCCACGUCAACAAAUCCCUGGUAAACAUGAGAUGAUCCAUCUUUGUAGUGUUGUUUCAGAGUCCAUAGACUACAUGGUGCCAGGAGAAAUGUAUCAAAGCAGUUGAGGGCUUGUGUUAGUAAUGCCAAGGAUGUGAAAUGCUAUUGAUGUCCGGAAAUGGUUUUAGUUGCGUCCAGGUUGUGAGACACAUUAACGACACGGAGAGGAAAUAAUCCGGAAGCACUUACUAAAAAGAACCACCUGGGGCACUUCUGUGCGUACAAUAUAAACAGACAAUGCAUAUUACAUGCAUACAAUCCUUACAUCACAACAAUGCGGACUAUUCAUUCCAAUUGGACCAUGUUUUUAUUUCUUAGGAACUGAGUGGUUAGAGGGACUGGGUCCCAGGAAGUAAACUUCAAACACACCAACAUUCUCAGGUUAAUAACACACAGAACAAGAAUACUCUCCGUGCAUCCCUUUUGCCAUCCAGUGUGCCACCAUUGACAGCCUAAAUACAUAAUAUAGUAUCUAGGUAUUUGAUGCAGCUUGAAACGUACUCUUUUUUUGUAUUCAUCAGAAAGCCCCAUAUCUACUGACAUCCCAUACAACGAGAAGGAAAGGGCCGGCAGAGUGCAAGAGAUAAAUAAAUACUGUAUAGGCCACUUUGUUAGAAAACCCACAGAGAGUUAUUAAAAAGUAGUUGGUUAAAGUUUUUGGCUAUAUAACAGUGAGGCUAAAAGAUGUGGUAGAGAUCAAGGACCAAAUCCAUGCAUCAUGGUCUUCAACAAGAUGGAGUGUUUUCCUAUGUGUCGGACAUGGUGACCCAAGUUUAGCAGCUAAGAUUGGCAGCUAAUGAUUGCUGAGCAACUGUAUACAGAGUUACUGUAUACACUACAUGUCAUCUGGGAUUGCAGUUACAUUUCAGACUGGAAUAGUGUUUCAUUUUCUUGGGCUUUAGGUUGGUGUAUAAACAUUUUCCUUUAUUAUUGCAGAGUGUUGUAGUACUAGAGUUUAUUUAUUGGCGCACCCGUUACUGGUGAGGCUACACAUUGAGUGAUGGGUGUGUGCUGCUAUCUUUUAUACAACUAUACAGUAUUGCAGCUCAUACACAGUUAGUCGGCAACACAAAGGGUAGACGUCAGGGUCUUCAAAAACUCUUUGCUACCUUUAUACGAACUUUAAAAGUCCAAAAAUUCUCGGUUUCAAAGAAAGGAGUGGGACUAACGUUUAGGUUUGUUGGCAGAGAAAAAAUUAUUGGAUUUGUUCUUAGUUUUGCAUGUUGCAUUUAGGCAAUUAAUUCAUUAAACGAUGUAUAUAAGGAAAAUGUUAUUUGCAACAUAAAAAAUGUGCAAUUAAUAGAGUUCAUAUGGUAUUACUGAAAAUCAAGGCCCAGAGUGUAAAAAGUGUUUAAAUGUUUAAAGGGUCUAUUUAUGCCUCAACGGGCAGCUGUCAAAGAAGAGAACGGAGUAAAAUAGAACAAAGAACCAAAUAGACUCAUAUGACUAAUUAUGGGUUUUCCAUAUAUGAAGGCCAUAGAAAUCACUCUUCUGAAAGAAAUACUAAAUAUAAAACUGGUUUGGAAAAAAAAAUAAAAAAUUGAGUUGACAUUGAAAAAAGAAAAGUUAAAACGGAAACAGAUUUGUUGAAGUCAGUUUUUUGAGUUUAUGGGAAGUGAAGAAAAGGAAUCAGAUUGCCUAAGACAGUAUGAAUACAGUACAAUGAUGUGUAUUGUGCACAGUUCUGUCAGGUCAUACAGUACAUUGUACAGAGCCAUACGGGAAUGCUAAGAUACAGAAUGUUGCCUUACCAAAUAGCAAUAGCCAAGUCUUAUGGAUGGGCAGGAAUCUGGGUCCUAUAAAUACAGAUGCAAGAUGUGAUAAUAAUGCCUUUUUAUAGAUAGGGUUCUUUUCAGGGUGCCAACAGUCCUACGCACUACUGGAAACCCUUUGAACAAGUCUCAAGGAUCAGUAUGUCAAAAAUCCAGCAUUUGGAAACAAAAUAUGUGUAUUGCUUUAUAUGAGAACUUUGUUACUGUGCUUAAUUCACCGAUACGUACAAGGUAUAAACUACUCAUAACCAUAUCUCAGCCAACGCAUCACUUUAUAUACAUGAAAGGAAGACUUUCACCAGUUUUGCAGUUAGUCUUCUAGCUGUAGUCCCAGCAACAGACUAACGCAACUUUAGUACUACUGGGAAAACAGAUUUGCUGGACCAGUAUAAUGUACUAUAUAUAUUAGUAGAGAAUGGUACACUUGGGCAGAGACCUGAGAUACAGCUAAGGUCACACGCGGCUUGUGCUGGAGACCGCUGCCAUUAUUUUGAUAAAGGUUUUAUUUUACUAUGAAAUAAAUAUAUGCGUAUAAUAUUUUGCUCUGAUUAUUGCACAUAGUGGACGUGUUCUGAUAAGGAUUCGGUAUUAAAAGGAGAUUUAAACGUUCUACGGAAUUCUUUGGGUACCUGUAUCAUUAUCUCUUAUAGCUCUAUAGGAGUUUCUGCAAAAUCUAACAGUCUAAUGACUUAAAUAAAGGUAAUAUUGUUUAAAUAAUAUAUUAAAUAGAUUUGUGGAUUUAUGUUCCUUUGUAUUCUCCAGUAUCUCACGCUCAUCGUCUCUCAGCACAUAACAUAGUAUUGUUCUACUUUAUUGUGUGUUACACACUGGAAGCAGAUUGUGUAAAACUGUGUGGUAUACACAUCCAUUGUGCUUCUAAAUACUGUGUUUGUGUUUGUGCUAAAGAAUUGACAAUAAAACAAACACUGAAAAUUGUGCA